AUGGGGAAUAAGUCGUCAUCGUCGUCACAGAUGCCUCCGUAUCUAUUAGGAUCAGGAUCAGGUUCAAAAAAUGUCCCGAAACAUUACUAUACAACACCUUUCAUCGCGCAGUCAUACGGAGCACCUGUUUUCCAUCAGUCAGUCAAUUCGCUCCAACACUUCAGUGGCACUGAUUCCGGAUACAUGACCAGUCCAGCUGAUUCCGAACGAUGGCAAACAAAUAACUGGAAAAUCGGGAAUUCUCAUUUAUCGCUUAAUGAAGCAUUCUUUCUAAAUGGCCCACCUGGAACACCAUCAUCGGUGCUCCCAAUGCAAGCAAUUCCGCCGCCAACUCUAAAACAAUUCAAAAAGUGGCAAAAAAGGCAGAAAAAAAUAUUGAAAAAAAUGAGCUCCAUUCCUGCGAAUAUUAUUCCACCCCAUGCAUCAGUAACACCUGUGUUACAAUAUUCUCGUGCUUUUUCUGUCGACAAUCUUUCAAGGCAAGUUCUGGAUGGUUAUGUAGAUAUUCCAAUGGCACAAAAACGUAUCUGGAAGGAGUGCAGGAAUGUGGCAAAAAAUCAAUCAUAUGGUAAUAUUGUUCCUGAUAUGCCUUCUGCUCCACCCAAAUCAUCUUUUAGCAGGAGCUGCUCAAAUGGUUUUGCUGUAUCAGAUUUACGAAUGACCCAUUCGGCUCCAUCCACGAAUACAUCUGGUGGAAGUCGUCUGACGUCGACUACCGAUCAUUCAUCGUCGUUACACUAUCAAACGCCAUCACCAGUACAGUUGAAGAAUUCGUCGAAUCAUCAUUUGCAGCGAAUACAAGGAUCCAGGAGUGAUGCUGGACCUGCCAGAACACCUAGAAGGUUGCAGCAAUGGAAUUUGGUUGCCAAAGAUGGACGACCAUCAACUACUGUGCGGCAUGAAACCGCUGAUAUUAUUGACGAAGAAACAAGAAGUGAAGUUAUAAAAAGUGAAAUUGGUCACAAAUCAUCGGAUAUAGACUAUGCAUCCAGAAAGACCGCAGCAAUCGGUGAAUGCAGUCAUCCCAAAGUAGCAAUGUCCCGCGAUUGUGAUGAGCGAAAUUAUGGAUAUCAAAAUGGUAUCGGUGGUUCUGCCAACAGAAAUAAUCAGUAUGGUCAUUGUGACACAAAUAAUGAUGAUAUCAAAUUAGAAUGUAACAUACCUGUUAAAAUAACACUAGAAGCCGAGGAAGUUUCAGAGAAAAGUGUUCAGUUGUUCUCCAAAAAUAUCACUAAUUCAAUCGACGAUGACAAGGUAUUUGCAACUGAUGUGAUAGCUUCAAAUCCAUUCCAACGAUAUAAUUCUGCUCCUGGAACUGCAACGCAGAAUCAAACCACGCAGCAAGCGCAGUUGGGAUAUUUUCCUCUCAAAAAAAGUGCAGACUAUGGUUCUACAAUCAGUUCAUUAACCCAGAGUUCGAAUAUGAAGACCGAAGUCAGCGAUAUUGACUUCAGCUGGGUGAAUGAUGUCGAAAAUCGCCUCGAACGAGAAAUUGCUUUCGUGAGAGAAGAUUCUCGACAGCAGCUGCACCGACAACAGCAAUUACCAAUACAAUAUUUUGGAAUAAAUUCAAACCAAUCCAAAACUGAUAAAGAUGAGGCAGCGAUGGUUGUUUCACCGGCACACACUACUACUACAAAAUCACUUGAAGUAUUCGGCGAGUGCGAAUCUCGCAAAGAACUCAGCCAAAUACAUUCUGAUGUUCGUUCUAAAGCAGCAAUGUUCGAUACAGAAGCUUUUCGAAAUGAACGAAAAGUUGAUGAACAACAGGCCGCGUAUCGUUAUCGUUCACGAUCAACUCCUCGUGGUAAUGUGUACAUACCUCAGCCCGAUUACCGAAAUUACGAUCAGGCUUCUGUAGAUAUGUCACAAAAUUCGAACCAAUACAGCGGUAUUCAUUCAAGUAAUGCUUCCAUUGGAACUGCGCCGAAAUACGAUCGAUGUUCGCAACGCUAUAAUGAAAGCAACAAUAUGAAGCUCAGUGGGAAUGUUACAGAAGUAGGAGCAAAAUAUGGCAACUCUUACCAUAGUAAUAAUAGUGAAAAAAUGACUAAACAGCAACAACAGCAGCAGCCGUAUACCGAUUACGGAGAUAAAAUGUUGCAACGUAAUCGAACAUACGAUGCAAGUGAGUGCUAUAUUCAGAAUGCAGCCCAACGUAGCACUGAGAAACCAUGGAGAAUAUCCGUCGCUUACUAA